UUGAUCCUUUUUUUCAUCUGCAACAAUGGCACGUAUGAACCGCCCAGCCCCGGUGGAAAUCACCUAUAAAAACAUGAGGUUUCUCAUUACCCACAACCCCACCAAUGCCACCUUGAAUAAAUUCAUUGAGGAGUUAAAGAAAUAUGGAGUCACCACAGUUGUGCGAGUGUGUGAAGCAACAUAUGAUGCUAGUCUGGUGGUUAAAGAGGGAAUUCAAGUUCUGGAUUGGCCAUUUGAUGAUGGAGCCCCUCCUUCCAACCAGAUUGUUGAUGAUUGGCUGAAUUUGUUGAGAAUUAAAUUCAGGGAGGAGCCUGGCUGUUGCAUUGCUGUCCACUGUGUAGCUGGCCUUGGAAGGGCUCCAGUCCUUGUUGCUCUUGCCCUCAUUGAAUGUGGAAUGAAGUAUGAAGAUGCUGUCCAGUUCAUCCGACAGAAGCGUCGUGGAGCAUUCAACAGCAAGCAGCUCUUCUACCUGGAGAAGUAUCGUCCAAAGAUGCGUCUUCGCUUUAAAGACUCCAACAGCCACCGUAACAACUGCUGCAUCCAGUAGAACCUAUCCUGUGUUAACUCUGAUGAAACAAUAGCCAAUUCUUAUAUCUUAGACUAAUGCGGUCAGU